AUGGACGUAUAUGUUCAGAUCACGGGUCUGGACUCAGGAAAAACGCGCGGAGUCAAGGCACUGCUUGAUAGUGGCUGCAGUACCUGUUGCAUCAAUACUGACUGUGCACGGGCAGAAAAACUGGAUAUCCAAGAGCUCCCCCAACCCAUAGUGGCUCGUAACGCCGACAACACCAAGAACAUCAGUGGCCAGAUCACGCAUUACGUCGACUUAAGGAUGAGAAUUGGCCCUCAUGUAGAGACACGCACGUUCCUUCUGACGUGUUUGGGAAAAGCUCAGAUCUUCAUUGGUCUUGAUUGGCUGAUGGAACACAACCCUGAGGUAGAUUGGCAGGAGCAGACAAUGAGAUUCAGCCGAUGCCCCAAGUGGUGUCACAUGAGGGAUCACAAGGAGCACCAAGCAAUGAUCGACAUGGAUGCAAUCGAUUUGGACACGGGCGCACUGGAUCUGGAAGAGGGAGAAUCAAUCCUGUUGGUCGACUUUGGAAAGGAGGUGGACCUCCGGCUGAAGGAAACCCCGGCGCAGAAAUUUGCAGAAGAAGCGGAAAAAGAGAAGGAAAGGAUGACCAAGGGGAAGAUUCCAGAUCAAUACCGGGAAUUCAUCAAAGUAUUUGCCAAGGAAUCAUUCGACUCACUACCAGACCGACAAACAUGGGACCAUGCAAUCGAACUCAAACCGGGCUCCAAAGCAGUGGACUGCAAAGGUUUACCCGCUAUCACGAAAUGA